AAGGCGAUGUAUUCCUACGAGAAGCGAUUGGAUAGCUUCAGAGAGUGGCCGUUCACCGAGCGCUGCCUGAGCACUCCGGAGAACAUGGCCAAGGCCGGCUUUAUCCACUUUCCUGGUCCCAAUAACCCCGAUGUGGUGAUCUGCUUUUUCUGUCUGAAGGAACUGGACAACUGGGAACCUGAGGAUGACCCCUGGAAAGAACAUCAGAGCCACUCUCCAAACUGUGGGUUUCUGGCCCUGAAGAGCGAUGUGGAUGAUAUCACUGUGGAAGAAUUCUUAAAGUUGGAGAUGGAAAGACUAAAAAUUUAUAUGAGGAAAGUGGCGUCCGAUCGAAUGAGCCGUUUCAAGAUAGAGAUUGAGAGAGCAAGAAAGAGGAUAGUGGAAGAUCUGUCCUCCAGUCACGUGUAA